GCGCUUGUGCUGUCGAAGCUCGGAUACUCUACUACUUAGUCUAUUGUCUUGUGUGCUGGCGACCCGGAACGUCAGAUGCUGCUGCUCGACCAUGCUCGGAGAAUAUCUAGACCAUCCAUAUCAUCUACCUUGACUCCCAGUAAAACUCUCUCAUUGAUACAACCUCGUCGACCUCGAGUAAUUCGUCUUCUUCACACGAAGACAGACACACGCCCAUUCAAUGUCCUCUUCUUCGGCCGUGACGAGUUUUCAUGCACUGUACUGAAACAGCUCCAUCAUGCCAAAGAUAUUUGGCAAAGCUUGACUCUGGUGACACACCCGGACGAGUAUGUCGGUCGGCGAAGGUCCCAACUUUCGGUUUCGCCACUCAAGUCGCUGGGUGAUGAACUAGGGCUUACUGUCGCCACCAUCCCGCACCACAGACCAGACUUCAGGACCUGGAACCCUCCAGAACCCUUCACCGUCCCCUCUGGUGAUCAGCUACCUUCGAACCACGUCCUCAUUACCGCCUCCUUCGGACGCAUCCUCCGAAAGUCCCUCCUGAACACAUUUCAUCCACAUCGCCGUCUGAACGUCCAUCCAUCUUUGCUUCCCGCAUAUCGAGGGGCUGCGCCGAUACAGCACGCAUUGUUAAAUGGAGAGAAGGAGACAGGGGUUUCUGUGAUAAGUAUGUUGGAGAUGAAGGAGGGUAUCGAUACGGGAGAUAUCUGGGGAAGCAGGAAGAUGAUGAUACCGGAAGAUGCGACAUUCCAGUCACUUCGCGACUCUCUAGCUGUCGAAGGCGGGGAUCUUCUGGUCUCUGUCCUUCGCGACAUGCGUUUUGGAAAGUCAUCAUUGCUCUCUCCCGACUCGGAACCUCCAAUUGCCCCACUCAUCGCUCCUUCACAGUCCUUCAUCUCCUUCACUGCCCAGACGGCGCAAUCCAUCCUCCGUCACUACCGUGCCAUUUCUCACCACAAGCCACUCACAAUAUACACCAAAACUGGACGCUCAGUCCAACUGCACGACAUCUCAGAGGCCUCCACCUCCGCAUCUGCUUCCCCAGACGGACGAACUCAAGAACAACGCUGGAGACUACCACAGAUCCCCGGGGCAGCGAAAUACGUCCCGUACGAAGAUGCGGUGUUAGUGAGGUGUAAAGACAUGGAGCUGGUGAAGGUGAAGCAGUUGAAGACGCAGGAUAGGAAUUUGUUGGGAGCAAAGGCUUGGUGGAAUGGAAUUUUGCCGGAGUGGAGGGAGGGCGAGAGGAGGGAUUAUGUGAUGUUUCUCAGUGAGGCAGAGCUCAGGCAACCUGAUGAUGUUACUGAAAAAUAA